GACUGGCGCGAGCCCGCGGGUCGGCUUCGGCUCCAACCCACCCAGAUCUCUCCCUCGUCUCCGGCGAUGGCGUCGCCCUACGCCGGCGCGCAGCCGCCGUCUCCGGCGGGGCACCAGGCGCCGCCGCCGCAGCAGGCGCAGCAGAACCACUCGCUGGCGUUCCGCGUGAUGCGGCUGUCCCGCCCCUCGCUGCAGCCCGACCAGGCGGCGGCCCUCCGCUUCGACCCGCGCGACGUCUUCCUCCCCGAGGACGCCCUCACGGGCCCCGACCCCUCCGCCGCCGACGGCUUCCUGCAGCGCCUCCUCCGCCCCGCCGACUCGCCGGCCACCACCGUCCCGGGCGACUUCACCUUCCGCGACCGCUUCCUCCUCCGCGACCCCGCCGACGCCCUCGCGCUCCCCGGCCUCCUCGUCCUCCCGCAGGCCUUCGGGGCGAUCUAUCUGGGGGAGACCUUCUGCAGCUACAUCAGCAUCAACAACAGCUCCAGCUUCGAGGCCAGGGACGUCGCCAUUAAGGUUUUGGAACCACCCCAUCCUCUUCUAUCGCAUUGGUGUCUGGAGAACGAAAUACAAACCGAGAGACAGAGGAUACUUCUUUUGGACACGUCUAAGGCCCCUGUUGAGUCAAUCAGAUCAGGGGGUCGAUAUGAUUUCAUUGUGGAACAUGAUGUCAAAGAACUGGGAGCUCAUACGCUUAUCUGCACUGCUUUAUAUAAUGAUGGUGAUGGGGAGCGUAAAUAUCUUCCUCAAUUCUUCAAGUUCAAUGUUUCAAAUCCAUUGUCUGUUAGAACAAAGGUUCGCACCAUCAAGGACGCUACAUAUCUGGAAGCCUGCAUAGAGAAUCAUACAAAAUCUAAUCUUUACAUGGAUCAAGUUGAUUUUGAACCUGCCCAACAAUGGGCAGCUACAAGAUUAGAAGCGGAUGAACAUCCGUCAGCAGUGAAGUCUAUAAUCAGGGACCUGUGCAAGCAACCGGUUCUCAUCAGAGCUGGAGGAGGAAUAUAUAAUUAUUUAUAUCAGCUCAGACCAUUGUCUGGUGAGUCUGGUCAACCAAAGACAGAAGGAAGCAGUAUACUUGGGAAAUUUCAGAUUACAUGGCGAACAAAUCUCGGUGAACCUGGUCGGUUGCAAACUCAAAAUAUACAUAGCACUCCCACCGCAAGCAAAGAUAUUGAUCUUCGUGUUGUGAAAGUUCCACCUGUGAUAUUUCUGGAAAGACCAUUUAUGGUCAAUCUAUGCCUUACAAACCAAUCAGACAAAACAGUUGGCCCUUUUGAAGUGUUUGUAGCGCCAAGCGUACCUGGUGAAGAGAAAUCUGUUCUGGUUAAUGGAUUACAGAAGUUGAUUUUGCCACUGGUUGAGGCUUUUGAGUCCAUCAACUUCGACUUGAGUAUGGUAGCUACCCAAGUAGGCGUGCAAAAAAUUUCUGGAAUUACACUGUAUGCCGUGCAGGAAAAGAAGCUCUACGAACCUUUAUCAGACAUAGAGAUUUUCGUUGAUGCAGAAUAGAACAAUCCCGCAUUGGAAUCACCUAUUGGAAAUUUGGAAUAGACACCAUGUUGAGGAAGGGAUAUACAACUAGUCAAGCGUAUUCUAGUUGAUGUACUUUUUGUUUAUUGUAUUUUUGAUUUUAUCCGAUUGUAAUUAAACACAUGUUUUUUUCAAAAAAAAAAAGAGAAAAAGAUCGGAUGUUAGAACUGGAUGAUGUUCUUCCGGGUAUCAGGUAGUUUUUGCUGAUCGUGACCUUUUCAACAUUUUAUGUACUAACCCUGAUAUGCAGAUGCGAGCAUUGAAGUUACAAAAC